UUGACUUCCUUUAUAAUAGUACAGACUAGACUAAGCUGCUGACUUGCUGCCAGUUAACUGCUUUUUUACGCUUAUUGGCCAAAAUGGCUCAUCUUCCAGAACUGUUUAAGUAUGUGGAGGAACACCAAGACCUUUAUGUGCAGCGACUGGCAGAAUGGGUCGGGGUCCAAAGUGUGUCUGUUUGGCCCGAGAAGCGCAGCGAGAUCAGGAAGAUGAUGGAAAUGGCAGCAAAAGACAUAGAGAGGCUGGGGGGGACAGUGGAGCUUGUGGACAAUGGCACACAAAAGCUUCCCUCUGGUGAGGAGAUCCCUCUCCCUCCUAUCCUCCUGGGCUAUUUGGGUUCAGAUCCUGCCAAGAAGACUGUGUGCAUUUACGGUCACCUGGAUGUCCAGCCUGCUCAAAUGAAGGACGGCUGGGACACUGAGCCUUUCACUCUGGUGGAGAAAGAUGGUAAACUGUAUGGGAGAGGAUCAACUGAUGAUAAGGGUCCAGUGUUGGCCUGGUUUAACUGCAUUGAGGCCUAUCAGAAGAUCCAACAGGAGCUUCCCAUCAACAUCAAGUUCUGCCUUGAAGGGAUGGAGGAAUCCGAUUCUGAAGGGUUGGAUGAACUUGUGUUUUCUCGAAAAGAUUCGUUUUUCAAAGACGUGGAUUAUGUUUGCAUCUCAGACAACUACUGGCUUGGGAAGACAAAGCCAUGCAUCACCUACGGCUUGAGAGGGAUCUGCGCUUUUUUCAUAGAGGUUGAGUGCAGUGAAAAAGACCUUCACUCAGGUGUGUUUGGUGGCUCGAUCUAUGAGGCAAUGCCUGAUCUCAUCGCGCUCAUGGGCUCUCUGGUUGACAGAAAGGGAAAGAUUUUAAUUCCUGGGAUGUACGACAGUGUAGCUCCUCUUACAGACGAUGAGAAAAGACUUUAUGAAAAGAUUGAAUUUGACCUGUCUGAGUACUGCAAAGAUGCAGGAGCUGGGAAGCUGCUGCAUGAUACUAAGGAGCAAAUCCUGAUGCAUCGCUGGAGAUAUCCAUCUCUUUCUCUGCAUGGCAUAGAAGGGGCUUUCUCAGAAACUGGAUUCAAGACUGUCAUCCCACGCAAAGUCAUUGGCAAGUUCUCCAUCCGCCUCGUCCCUGACAUGGACCCCAAAUUGGUGGAAAAGCAGGUGAUCGACCAUGUACAAAAGAAAUUUGCUGAAUUAGGAAGUCCUAAUAAAAUGAAGGUGUACAGCUUUGGUGAAGGAGCCAAAGCCUGGGUGUCUGAUUUCAACCACCCACACUAUAUGGCUGGUCGAAAAGCAAUUAAGACAGUAUUCGGCAUUGAGCCGGACCUGACUCGUGAAGGCGGCAGUAUUCCGGUCACCCUGACUUUCCAGGAGGCGACAGGUCGGAACGUCAUGCUGCUCCCUGUUGGCUCUUCAGAUGAUGGAGCUCAUUCCCAAAAUGAAAAAAUCAACAGAUCAAACUACAUUCAGGGAAUCAAGAUGCUUGGUGCAUACUUCCAUGAGGUCUCACAGCUGGAAUGAACUCUUAAGCAUGUCCACUGUUGAUCAGUCACUUCUAUAAUACAUGUUUUAAUAUAACGCACUUGGGAUGAGGUAUUUUUCCAUCUUUUAAUGUGCUCAUGCUGAAUUCUGACAAAAAGGACAGCAUAGUAUAUUGGAUCUGUUUAGUGUUGCCAAAUAAAUAUAACUUUAAAACACA